AACAGACCUUCAGUCUGACAUGUUCACAGGGCUGGGAAACUUGAUGACGAUUUAUCUAUAUUUCAAUGAUAUCAGUGACAUUCAGGAUGGAACUUUCAGUUCUACACCAGAAAUGAGAGAGUUGUACCUGCAACACAACAAGUUAAAACGCCUCAGAGCUGACAUGUUCACAGGGCUGGGAAAAUUGGAGAUUCUUAGGCUGUAUGCAAACGACAUCAGUGAUAUUCGGGCUGGAACUUUCAGUUCAAUGCUACAACUGAAAGUCUUGUACCUGUAUAAUAACAAGUUAAAAUCCCUUAGACCUGACAUGUUCACAGGGCUGGGAAACUUGCAAGAACUACAUCUGCAGAAUAAUGAGAUCACUGAUAUUUACCUAGGGACUUUCAGUCCAAUGCCAAAUGUAAAUAGAGUCCAACUGUUUGCCAACAGGAUCACAAUAUUUCCCUUUGAAUAUUUGUCAGACAUUCAAACAUUAUCUUCUCUUUACCUCGACAAUAACCAAAUGACGACCCUUCCCCCUGUGGCCUACGACGUACUUUCAUCCAUCGCAGAUGUUCAAAUUCACAACAACCACUGGCAGUGUGACUGUAGGAUGGUGGAAUUUAGGUUGAAGAUGACAAAAUCAAGUUCAUUUGAUGAACCGAUCACUUGUUCCCAGCCAGACAACCUCAGUGGGCGAAACCUGAUAGAUGUCAAUCUUAAAGAUUUGAUGACAGACUGUCAAAAACCGAACAUUACAAGGUUUGCGAGGAUUGGAAAGUAUCCUCUGAUACAGGGUAUGACUCUUCGUUUGUUCUGUAAUGCCUCCGGAAUCCCCACACCAGAGAUCACAGUCGAACUCCCAUCUGGACUCGAGCACAAGGCAACAGAAGAGUCAGGUGGGAGGGUGACUGUGCUGGCGAAUGGUACAAUUAUCGUAAAAGAGGUUACUGCACAGGAUUCUGGUCAGUAUGCCUGUAUCGCAGCAAAUUCUAUUGAUUCCACGAAGGCCUACUUCUCUGCAGUCAUUUCCCCAAAGUUUCUUGUUCCCAGUUUCCCCCUCCCCAUUCUUAAUAUCCUCUACCUGAUUGCAGCUGUAGCCGGGACCCUUGUUGUUGUGGCCAUUGUGCUGGCGAUCUGGUGUAAGUGUUGUCGCAAGGACCGUUCUGUAGCUGUAGGCCCCGACAGCGGUGUGGUUGUUCUCAACACGAGUCCACCGGCUGUGAUGUACAGUGGUCAUGGCGCAAGGGUGGCCUGGGGGCAUCCCAUGGCCAUGGCAAGGGUCUGAAGCGAUUACUUAUUGCUUGUAGUUCUUCUUCUUCCUUUUAAUGCCCACGAUCAUCAUACUGAUCAUUCUGGCAUUCCGGAUUGUAGAAUUUGUA